UGUUUUUGAGGACAUUGAAUAGUGCAUCUGUCUUAACCUUCUUAACGAUUAAACGUUAACCUAUCUUUCGAGGUUUGUGUGUUGAUUUUAUUUGUGAGGAGAUAUUAGGUUUUAUUAAUUUAGAAAGAAUGAGGAGCGGUGAUAACGAAGCGCCUAAUAUUCAAUUUAAAAAGAAGAAGACGAAACCUUUGAGGAAACGUGAAACUCUCUCGGAUGACAAUGUCAGGAGAAAGGAGAGAUGAAGAUUAUUCAAAAACUCCACAAGCGACUGGCUGGCGUCGAUAUUGUUUGGCGCUCGGGGAAAACGUCUCGUCCAAUACGUUGACGGGUCAAGUAUAUGAAAGAAGAAUUGUCAAAGCGCAAAAUAAUAACGAUGCAGCGAAUAGUAUGAGUAAUGAUACGGGAUCACAUUGUUCACCAGAGAAAACAGUGUUGCGUGUGGUACUGCAACAUUUGAGGCAGAGCUCAACCAAUUGUAGCGAGGAAAUGCUUUUGAAUCAAAUGUUAUCUGGUCCAGAAGUCAAUCUUGGCAUAGAGUGACUAGGAGGAAAGCCAGUGUAGCCACGAUAUCUCGGCCAAUGAGCAGCACACAGGAUAUGACAAAGAACACCGUGAGGCAGUGAAAUUCUGUUUCUGGACGUAUGAUUCGCAGAAGGCCAUCUUUCAGCUGCGAAUCUCCGAAAUGGGAGAUCGAAAAACUAAAUCAUACUGAGUUAGUAAUAUUAUUGUAGACUUAGAUCUCUUUUUAUAAAUAUCUUGCACUAGUAUUUAAAAUAUCUACUGAUCCUUAUGAUACAAUCAUUAUGUUUUCAUAAAAAAAUAAAAAUUGGAAGAUAUUUUUUUAUAUUUAAUUGAGAACAUUGUAAUUUGAUUAUUUUUUGAAAAUUUUUACAAAAAAUUAAUAUUUAUAUAAAACAUUAAAAACUCCUACAAAUUUUUGCUUUCAGUAAAUAUUUUUAUAUAUUUAUAGAAUUUUUCUGUCAGGAUUGCUGAGUAAUAAAAAUUAAGUGAUAGAUUAUGAAUAUAGAUAACUGUUUGGUAAAAUUUUUUUAUAGUAUAUAUAAUUACACAUGAUUAUGCAUAAUUAUAAAAAUAUUUGAUGUAUAAUUGUAAUGUACACUUUAUUAUAUAGAUGUAAAAAUCAAUAGUUUAUAUGAAGAAUUUCAGAAAAGAUGCGAUUUCCUUAACAUGUAUGAAAAAUAUUUCAAUUCGUAUAAAUAAAUAUGAGAAAUUUAUUUUUAA